AGGGAUCCCAGGAAUAGGAUGACGAGAAUAAAGGGAAUCUCAGGAAUAAGGAUGGGGAGGGAAGGGGGAGAUCCCAAAAAUUGGGAUGAGGAGAAUAAAGGGGAUUUCAGGAAUAAGGAUGGGGAGGGAAAGGAGGGAUCCCAAGAAUUGGGAUGAGAAGAACAAUGGGGACCCCAGGAACAGGAACAGGGAUGGGGAGGGCAAAGGCGACCCCAAACCCCACUGCAGUUUUGGGGGGUCACAAACCCCACAUUUCCCUGUUUCCCCCUGUUCCCUGCAGUCAGAGGUGUUGGAGAUCCCCCCUGGAGCACAGGACACCCCCAGAACUGGGUGAAAAAAGAGGAAAAAGAGUGAAAAAGCAGCAGAGGAGCUGGCGGCCACGGGGGACAGUGGGGUCCCCUCAACGUGUCCCCAACAGCAGCGGGACAUGGAGAGCGGGGAUGGUGGAGCCGAGGCCCUGCGGAAUUCCGCGGAUCCGCAGAGCAGCAGCGAGCCCCUGGAUGGUUUUCCCCUGAAGCAUUCCAACACCCUGACCAACAGGCAGCGAGGCAAUGAGGUGUCAGCACUGCCAGCCACCCUGGACACCCUGUCCAUCCACCAGCUGGCUGCCCAGGGCGAGCUCAUCCAGCUGAAGGAGCACCUGAGGAAAGGUGAGAAUUUGGUGAACAAACCUGAUGAGAGAGGCUUCACCCCCCUGAUCUGGGCUGCAGCUUUCGGGGAGAUCGAGACCGUCCGGCACCUCCUGGAGUGGGGCGCCGAUCCCCACGCGCUGGCCAAGGAGAGGGAGAGCGCGCUGGCCCUGGCCAGCAUGGGUGGCUACACCGACAUUGUCACCAUGCUGCUGGACAGGGACGUGGACAUCAACACCUACGACUGGAAUGGGGGCACCCCCUUGCUCUACGCCGUGCGCGGGAACCACGUCAAGUGUGUGGAGGCCCUGCUGGCUGGCGGCGCUGACCUGACGGAGGAGGCGGAUUCGGGGUACACCCCCAUGGACCUGGCCGUGGCCUUGGGGCACAAGAAAGUCCAACAGGUGAUCGAGAACCACAUCCUGAAGCUGUUCCAGAACAAAAAGAAGAAAAAGAAAUGAAGGAGCAGGUGUGGAGAAAUCCAGGAAUUUCCUAAAAUCCAGGGACCUCAAUUCCAGCCCUGGCUGGGCUCUGCUGCUUCGUGUUUUCUGUUGGAAUUAAACUCUUAAUUGCAAUUAAA